AUGGCACCCGUCGCUGUGACCAACGAUUCCACUCUGGUGCCGACCGCGAAGCAAGUCGCCUCGUCGUCGGCUGUGGAGGCUGCAGGAGACACCGCCUUUGUCGAAGCCUCGCACCCCUACCAACGUCGACUCAAGCUGACCGAGAGCAACCCCAACGAGCCCGAGGUCACGUUCCCGCUCAUCCUUAAGCCAACCCACGCCUCCGACCUGACCACCUCGCAGCUGGUCGAAGCCGUCAAGCCGCUGGCUCCCACGCCCUCCUCCAGCUACACGCUCUCCCCGCUGCAGCAGCUGAUGGACGCCCAUGGCGGCGCAGUCCACUUCAAGUCCCUUCCCAUCCGCACCGCCGACGACUUUAGCCGCUUCAUGCAUGCCCUCGCUGGCAACGCGUCUUCCCCCAACACCUGGCAGUAUCACGUGGAUAAAGGCCUCAUGGUCAUCCGGCACGCGAUGGCGCCCAAUGUAGCCACCGCCAACGAGGGCCCACCGCAUCAAUCCAUUGGCUCGCACAACGAGUACGGUCUCUCGACACACUAUCCCUCGGUCAUUGCCUUCUGCUGCCUCUCCCCACCCGACACCGGGGGUCAGACGCCGAUCGUGAACAGCAUCGCGCUGUACGACCGGCUGAAGGCGACCGUGCCGACGUAUGUGGAGAAGAUCCAAAGGCGCGGUUUGACGUUUGUCAUCCACCACCCCGUCGCCAAGGUCAAGGAUAGUGUUCAGGGUAAUAGUUUGUAUAACGCCGACUCGUUCGGACCGACACCCGACGAGAAGGUGGAUCUGGACAGCUUGAGCGAGGAGCAAAAGCGGGCGUUGGUGGAAGAACACAUCCUCGAUCUGGCGCGCGAAGGUGGGUGGGGCAGUCCCGAUGAUGGACAGCAAGGCGGCAAGCUGGGUGCGUGGCACGAACGAGGUUUCUCAUGGACCUGGCUCCCCGAUGGAUCCAUCAACGUCUUUCAGCGUGUUCCCGGCAUUCGCAUCCAUCCAACGCUGGGUAAGCCUGCCUACUUCAACAAUGUCGGCAACCGAUACUCGUAUUCUAAGGAGCAUGGGUGUUUGCAGCCCCCACACUACUCGGAGGUCAAAAAGGAUUUCUUCCCCCCACCGUCGUUCCCACUGCCACUGGAGGAUGAGAGUGGGGCGGAGGACGAGCCGAUCCCGCUGGACGAGAUGGAGGAGGCGCUGCGCUGGACCGAGAAGCUCCAGGCUCAUGUCGAGUGGGAGUUGGGAGAUGUGCUGGUGAUUGACAAUCUCGCUGUUCAGCAUGCAAGGACACCGUGGACGGGACCGAGGAAGCUCGUGGCCAGUCUUUGGGAUCAGCCUUCGUACCUCGCAAAGCACGCGCCCGUCCGAACUUGA